UCAGAACUCACAAAAUCACAGCCACAUCCACGGUUCAUUCGGAGCGAAAGCUUCCGUUCGACGCAUCCACCACCGUCGACGAGCUCGCCGACCUGCAAAUGAAACAGCUUCGCAAUCAGCGUUUAGCUCUUGAGGAAUGGGACCGUGUAUCAAUGGACAUGUAUCCUCUCUCUUUCUUGCCUUUGUAAUCUCUCUAGCCACUACCACAUUGGAGAGGACGAUGUAGGGCACAUUCUUCGCUGCUGCGUUACGGACAUGUCCAACAAACCGAUUUUUAGUUUCGACUCGCUCCCCGUCGCAGAGCCGCCCGGCUACGCGCCGCCACGCCAGUGGAUCUCCCGCCCGCUUCUUCCCGACGUGAUGGGAACCGCGGUUACCAUAACAUCCUAUAACAUGCUUGCGGACGUGUAUUGCCAGCCCGAUUUAUACACGAAUUGUCCGCUCUGGGCGUUGGAAUGGGGCUAUCGCAGAGAUCGACUCAUGCAUCAACUCAGCUCCCGAAAUAGCGACUUUUUCUGUCUGCAAGAGGUCGAAAAGAGCGAAUACGAGAAUUUCUGGAAAGUGGAAAUGGAGAAACGGGGGUAUGCCGGCGAAUACACGGUGAAAACGCGGUAUUUCAUGGGAUCGGACGACCACGUCGACGGCUGUGCGACGUUCUACAACACCAAAAAGUCCCGAUUUCUGGAAUUCCUGAAAUGCAGGUUUGUUUUGCUCUCCGCGUCGCACCUGCAUUUCAACGACUCGCUCGUGUCGCAGCUCCAAGAGAAGUUCCUCACCCAGGUUCCCCGCGGUUCUGUCCGGCUGAAGCGCGGGACGGUGGCGCAAAUCCUCCUGUUUUCGUCGAUUCCAUCGAAUUCGGCGAUGCCGAACGAGCCGCAGACGCAGUUUUACCUCGCCAACUGCCAUUUGUUCUGGGACCCGCGGUUCCCCGACGUGAAACUGCAGCAGUCGCUGGAGCUGAUGAGGCAGCUGGAGAAGGAGGAGUUUAAGAUGGAGCUUCCCGCGGUUAUUUGCGGGGAUUUUAACUCGGAACCGACGUCUGCGGUGUAUGAGUUUAUGUCGAUGGGGCGCGUGCGAGGCGAUCAUCCGGAUCUGCAGAACGAUCCGGAGAAUAUUAUAAGGAGCAUUGGUGUGCAGAACAUUAAUCACAAGAUUAAGUUGGCCUCGGUGUAUAAGGAGGUAAUGGGCAGUGAGCCCAAAUUUACGAAUUAUACGGACCAUUAUGCUGGGUGUUUGGACUACAUUUGGGUUUCAUCCUCAAUGAUCAUUCCGAUCAAAGUCUCGGUGCUGCCUUCGGAAAGGGAGAUCGAGUCCUGCGGCGAUAUGCGGCUGCCCAAUCCGAGAUAUCCGAGUGAUCAUCUAGCGCUUGAUUGUACGCUUCUCAUCUCUCCACCUCGCUAUAUAUCAUAUCCACGAUCCAUGUUGCGUGUUUGUUGGAAACUAGAAUUUUCUCUAAAGAGUUGUCGAUAA